AUACCACAAGGGCGCACAUAUAUCGAUAGGUCUUUCGAGUUGAUGCGAAGGUCGGCGCCUCCUCCUCAGGGGUUUUAGCACAUUUUGUUAUCCUCCGCCUUCCCUGUAUGCCAUCAGGGUUUAAGGCAGCCUCCAUUUCCUUCAUUUUCCCGUCAGAGACUUGACACCAUGGACUCUCUGUCUAAAUUUCACCACUGUGGUCAACCAUUGCACGUAUCUACUAGUCACCACCGUUCGUCGUUUCCAACGCCCUUUUCUUCCGUCUCUUUCAGGGCGCUACCACCGCCGGCUUCCCCUCUCCAAUUUCCCUCUUCUUCCUUCCGGUUAUCACCUCUCAGAGCGUCUUCCUCAUCCUCCACCUCAUCCACUGAUCCCUCAUUUCCUAAGCCCGGACCCAUUCUGACCCCUCUGCUCCAAACCCUAAACUCCCUUUUGUCACCUGCUUUUGAAACUGUUUGCAUCAUUGUAGCCGCAUCUGCAUUUUUUUUCAUGCGUUUUCAGCAUAUGCCUGUUAUUGCAGCUACGGUUUCGUCAUCCACGGUGGAGUCCUUCCAAGAGUCGACGGAUAAAUCUUCGUUCGAAGAAAAGGAGAGAAUUAUUGAAGUGCAAUUGAUGGAUAACCCCAAUAAUAUCGAAGCUCUUCGGUCUCUCAUGGAGCUUAAGAUCAGAGCGCAUAAAAUUGAAGAGGCUAUUCAGGUCAUUGACCGUUUGAUUGAGCUUGAGCCCCAUGACUUUGAGUGGCCGCUUAUGAAGGCUCAUAUGUACAUCUAUAAUGGCGACUACCAAUUGGCCAAAGGUGGGUUCGAAGACAUUCUGAGUAAAGAUCCAUAUCGUUUUGAAGCUUAUCACGGCCUUGCAAUGGCUACUUCCGAAUUAAACGAGCCAUUGAACGAUUUGGUGAAGAGGGUUAAAAAAGCUGUGGAGUUUUGCAAAAAGGAAAAGAGGAACUCAGAUGUCAGAGACUUGAAGCUAUUACUUGCGCAGAUUAAAGUCAUGGAGGGAUCCUUUUCUGACGCGCUGAAGGCCUAUCAGGAGCUUGUCAAGGAAGAACCAAGAGAUUUUAGACCGUACUUAUGUCAAGGUAUCAUAUAUACCCUGCUUAGAAAGAAAGAUGAAGCGGAGAAACAAUUUGAGAAGUUCCGGAGGCUCGUCCCAAAGAAUCACCCUUAUAAUGAGUAUUUUGAGGAUAAUAUGUUCGCAACCAAGUUUUUCGCGCAGAAGUUUGAGAGGGAGGGAGCUGGAACAAAGAGCUGAGAAACAUGGUUCACUGAGUUUUUUCCCUCGAUUACAAUGAAAGUGUUUAUAAAAAGUGUAUUUUAUAAUUAAAUACAACAUGAAAGGCGCUGAUGAAGAAAAUUUCUUUGGGAGAUGCCUUGGAAAAUGGGACGCUGAUGCAACUGCAUCCUUUCUGUUUGUUAUUGGCUUAUAAUUCUGAAUAGCGUGUGGAAAUUCAGUGAUCGAGAUCCUGUGCCCUGUAAUGCAUGUCUCCGAAUCUUUCCUCGCCGAGUCUUGAUCCUAUUGUCUACUGAAGACUAAUGUUAUGCUCAGUGAAGAGGGACACGUUGAAGGUUCCUCUUUGGUUUAGCAAAAAUCUCUUAUGUGAUUGUUACCUUAAUUUCUUUUAGUAUCUUUUUAUUAUGCGGACGUGC